CUGUAUUAGUGCUUCUCUCUCUCUCUACCCUGUGUGACAGGACUCCCUGCUUUGGAUUCCGUGACUCGCAGAGGGUUUCCAUAAGGGCUGUGUUUUUUUCUUUCGAACUGCGGCCAACCUUGAUCCGGCCUUGAGCUUUGGAGCGGUCGGGGCACUGUGGCCCGGGAGCUCCCCUCCCUGGCGGCCUGCUUUGGUGGGCUCCUGGGGACCUGCUGCCCUCUUGGCCAGGCCUUCCCCUUGUUUUGCAGCUUCUCUGGCUGGGCCCCCUUUUCCCGGGGCUGGGUCUUCUUCCUCCGUCCUCCUUUUCCAGCAGAGUCGGCUUGCAAGACCCAUGGGCCUUGACGUCCCCUCUGUCCCCGGGGGCCCCUCACCCCCUUGAUGGGACCUGCCCUUCCCUCGGAGCACCCUCGACGGGGCCGGCUGGCUUGUAGGAUGCCUCUUCUCCCUGGCUUCUUCCUGGCUCAUCAUCCUCCAUCAUGAAUGAUGCACGCCUCCUGCACAACAAUGCAGUGGCCUGGCUGGCGUGCUCCGGCUUCUCCCUCCUGGCCAACGCCUGGGGCAUCUUGAGCGUGAGCGCCAAGCAGAAGAAAUGGAAGCCGCUGGAAUUCCUCAUCUGCACUCUGGCAGGGACGCACGUCCUUAACGUGGCCAUUCCCGUCACCAUGUACGCCGUCAUCCAGCUGCGCCGCCUGCACUCCGAUUACGAAUGGAACGAAGGCCUUUGCAAAGUCUUCGUCUCCACUUUCUAUACCUUGACCCUCGUCACCUGCUUCUUGGUCACCUCGCUCUCCUACCAUCGGAUGUGGAUGGUGCGCUGGCCGGUCAACUAUAGGUUAAGCAAUACGAAGAAGCAGGCCGUCCACACCGUCAUGGGCAUCUGGAUGGUGUCUUUCAUCCUCUCCACGCUGCCGGCUGUGGGCUGGCACGACACCGCCGAGCGCUUCUACGCCGCCGACUGCCGCUUCAUCGUCACGGAGAUCGGGCUGGGCUUCGGCGUCUGCUUCCUGCUGCUGAUCAGCGGGAGCGUGGCCAUGGGGGUGGUCUGCGUGGCCAUCACCCUCUUCCAGACCUUCUCCAUCCAGGCAGGGAACGCCGUGGACAAGCACAAGUUCAACGUCCCCACCAUCGUGGUGGAGGACGCUCAGGGCAAGCGCCGCUCUUCCAUUGACGGAUCGGAGCCCAUCAAGACGUCCCUCCAGAUCACCUAUUUGAUCACCGGCAUCGUUUUCAUCUACGAUUUCCUGAUGGGCUUCCCUCUGCUGGUGGUGAGCAUCGCCAGCUUGAAAUCCGACACGGCCUAUGACUGGAUGGUGCUAUGCGUCCUCUGGUGCACGGUGGUGCAGUCCCUCCUCCUCCCGCUCUUCCUCUGGGCCUGUGACCGCUACCGAGCCGACGUCCGCUCGGUCUGGGAGAAAUGCGUGACCAUCAUGGCCAACGAUGACAGUGGGGAAGAGACCAGCCUCGAUGGAGCCAUCCACACAGACCUCUUGUACGAGCGGCCUUACGACUACAGCUACACCGGAGACGUCCAGGCUUUGGACCACCUGGCCAAAUACGACUUGUCGGCACUGGAGAGAGGGCUCCCCCAGGCGUACCCAGCAAAGUCAACCUCCGAGGACAAGAUGCAGUACCUCCAGGUCCCGCCCACUCGGCGCUUCUCCCACGAUGAAACGGAUGUCUGGACAACGAGUCAGAUUUCGGCAUACCUGCAACACUGGGGGGCCGGAGAGGAGAUGGCGGCCAGCCUCGCCCACCUCCUCCUGCCCCAGCACAGCUAUGACCACCGGCGGAGGGGCAGCCUGCUCUCCUACCAGGAAGACGGGCACCUGCACCGCAAGCAACGCCGGCGGUCGGCCGAGAGCACCUUGUCCCUCCGGCCCUUCUCCUGCGAAGACUUCUAUGCCAAGGAGCAAGGCUACAGGGCCUUCAGCAAGGAGGAGGUGGUGAACUUCAUCGACGACACCAGCCCUUUCCCCACGCCGCGGAAGGCCCCUGUGCGCUCGGCGUCAGUCUCCCGCCUCCCGGAUGCCCUCCGGGACCCUUCGGCCAACUUCCCCCUGACCCACUUUGAGCGGGAGCCCCCGGGACGCCGGCGCUUCUCGGCCCAAGAGCGAGCGUGCUCCCUCCGGGUGCCGGCUCCCCGCUUGGCCCACGAGGAUGCCAGGACCCUCUUCCCCAAAACCGGGCCCGCCGGCGAGACCCCCGGCCUGGAGCAGAUCCACAUUGAGUUGUGCGAGGCCCUGACCCCGCCCGAAGAGCGGCCGGCCGGCAGCCCCUGCUCGGAGCCGGAAGGCUUUCGGACCGGUCUCAGCCCUUCCUGGGGGGACCAGGGGGGGCUUCAGAAAAACGGAAGCAAAGGCAGCACCAGCAGCUUCCUCAGUUCUCCGUCCUCCGGGUACGUGACGUUUCAUUCGGAUUCCAUCGGCUCCUCCUCCUAAGGCUGGAGGUCCGAAGGGGCCACCCCGGAUGCCCGCCAAACCACCUCACCCAGGGGGGGGGGUGUUCUCCUGGUUCUCACGAUGACGUGGGGUUUUGUCGGGAGCGCUGGGCAAAGCACCAAAGAAACCUUGAGCCCAGCCUCUCAUGCCUGUUGCGGGGUUUGGUAUUGUUUUUUUAAUUUAAAAAAGAAAGAUGAGGUUGAACAUGGGGGGGGGAGGAAGGGUCGAGGAGACCUGUUUUCUUUGCCAAAAACAACACGCCUUGGCGGCUCGUUUUUCGUUUCCUUCGGACUAAAACCCGGGAGGGCAGCUGAAGGCCACACUUUUUUCCUUUCUCCCUUCGAGCUGUGUGCCAACCAAGAAGGGGGAGGGGGACUUCUCCGCAGUUUCUCCCUUUUUAACACAGGCACACACACAAACACACACACACACAUCCCCUCCUCAUACUGUAGAAAGAGAUGUGUACAAUACUGCAUGAAUUUCUGUACUUGAAAGGCUAGGACGUGUGUUUCCUGGAUCAGGCCCCCCCGGCUGCCGAACGUCCAGGGGAGGGACUUCCCCGGCCCAACUUCCAAAGGGCCAGGAGAGCCUUUGGCUGAAUGAUUUGGCUUGAGGGGAGGUCAAGCGCCCCACGAACCAAGAGGGACUUGGAGGGUUCGGGAAGGACCUGGGUCAGAUUCCAGUGUCGCCAUGAUGGCACUGGGCACACCCAUGACUGGAGGCGUUCUGUGCGGUUCCAGGCUGAUCGGUGAAGGCUUCACUGCCUGCUUUCCAUAACAUCCUCCCUGGCAAAGAGAUCUGUGACGCUCCAAGGCUGGCACAGUUUGGGUUUGUUUUGCUUGGCCUGAUGAAGGUCCUGCCACCCUAUGGGUGCUCGAGGAAGAGCAAGACCCAGGAGCGCCUCUCGUUGGGUGAGGCGGUCCCUUCUCCUUCCUUCUGCGGGUCCUUGGGAUCCAGCCAAGAGUUUUUGAUCUCCCAGCAAGGGGAAAAACUCAGCACCUCCCUUUCCAUCCAAGAACCUUUUUUUUGCACGUUGAAAAUCUUAGCCUGGUUAGGGAGGGUGGACACAGGUGUAAACUAGCCAUUUCGGCACCCGUGGCUGGCUGAACUGCCCUCUGGGUAAGAGGGGCAAAGGCAGACGGAUAGGGACCCAUGUUGACCGCCGUGCUGUUUCUGACCAUCAUCCCCCGUUUCACGUUUCCUUCCACCUGGGGAGAAUCCCUUGGAGGUGGCAUGCAUGGGUGCUCAACGUGGGUGGCUUUGCACCCAAUCGAGGAGCAAAUACCAAGGGGUCUUUAGUUAGUGCCCUUCCUGUAUGGUUUCUUUCUCAUUUGGCACCCUCUUGGUUUUGGCGCCCUGGGUCGGUGCCCCAGGAAUGGGCAACCCCGUUAAUCGGUUAAGACUCCGGUGGAUGCGUUGCAAGGCAAAGUUGUCCAUUGCCCCCUCACUUGUGUGAUGGGGAAAUGGGCUGGGAGGGGGAUAUGGUGCAGUGUCAGCUUUGGGGUCCCUCUGUGCUUGGGGGUGGCAUCUCAGCAGCCGUGGGGCUGACCAGUGUGGGGCAAGGUAAGCAGGAAUCAGAGGUUAAUCCUUCAGCCGAAGGUGUCUGCCUGCCUACGCGCAGGGGCUUUGAACCAGAGUGUGACGAGAGCCGUGCUUAUCUAUCCCAAAAUCUAUUCCAAUGCUUGCCUCUUCGGCAUUGGCUCCGGCUGAUUCUUUUCUUGCGUGCCUCUUGCGAAGAGUGUCUCUAGACAUGCGCAGAAGUCCACACUCUAGUGAGCCAGGCUGCUUUUGUGGGCUGCUUUCCGUCCCAGGCCAUCCCUCUUCUCUUCCGGUUAAACCCUCAACGAGGAAACGGCUCUUCAAGCAUCAGCCCCCUCUCAUUUCCUCGUGGGGUGUAUCUCUGUGUGUGUCUUGGUGGAAGCAAAAGGUACGGUAGAUUUCCCCAGGGAAGGAAUGAGGGCACCAGUGGAAAUAAGGCAGGGAAUGGAAGGCGAGCGAAUAUUCGUGCGAGGUUUUUAAAUGGUUUUGGCUUUAGCGUUCAUGGUCGUUAAAUUAAUCAGCAACACGAAGUCAUUGUCGUCCCCCCAAUCUGGAGCUUUCUUCAGUUAAUCUA